ACCAGUUGAUACGUUUAUCGAUAUUCUUGAUUUUCACUAAUUUAAAUUUUCUUUUAAGGUCAAUGAUUCAUAUUUACAUUUUUUUUACUUUACAUAUGUUUUUGACAGUUUUAUGUUUUAAAUGGUCAGAAAAGUGAUUAAAGGUAUUUUCUAUGAUUAAAGGGCUGUUGGGGCUACCUGUUUAUGAAGAAAAAAGCGAACAUCAAUGGCUCAAACAAGAGGAUCUCCAGACGACGAUGGUUAUAAAAGAUUUACAGAAGAUGUUAAUAAUGUUUCAUAUGGAUCUGCUAAUAGAAAUCCAAUUGAUGAAAUGGGGAGCAGGUCCAGUCUCUCACGAGAUGUGGAUAAUAACGAAGUUGACCACUGGGAAAUGAAUUAUCAUGAAGCCGCUAUAUUUUUAGAAGAAGGAGAAAAUAAUGAGAAAUUUGAUUCACAUCCUCGUCACCCCUCAGCAUUACCUGCAUAUCUUUUGGUUCACAAUCAAUGGUACUAUGGUUUUGAUUUAUUUUUUUCUGUAGUAUUAUUGUUACUGGCUCUCGUGGAAAGGCCUGCUGUGGAUCAGUUUGAAUUGCCACCUAUAGUACAUAGUUUAUUGGAAUUAGUUUGUUUAGGUGUUAUUGGUGCAGAAUUAGCUUUAAAAUUAAGAUGGAUUGGUUGGACAACUAUUCUAAAGCACAAAAGAACAAUGGUGAAGUGUAUCACACUUAUAAUUAUGGUCAUAGAAGCCAUUGUCGUACUCAUAAGGCAGUCUUCCCAUUUUCGUGUGACCAGAGCAUUAAGACCUAUAUUUUUAGUAGAUACUCGAGCGUGCGGCGCUGUUAGAAGAUAUAUAAGACAAAUUCUUCAAUCUCUGCCUCCCAUUUUAGAUAUGUUGAUUUUGUUGAUGUUUUUUGUUUGUAGCUAUGCCUUAUUAGGGUACUUUUUAUUCAGUGGUCAUGGAAACCCUUAUUUUAAAACAUUAUCUGAUAGUUUUGUUAACAUGUUUGUGUUACUAACUACCGCAAAUUUUCCAGAUGUUAUGAUGCCUUCAUAUGCCAAAUCAAAAUGGAGUGCUGUAUUUUUUAUUUCAUAUAUUUCUACAGUAUUGUAUGUUUUAAUGAAUUUGAUGUUAGCCGUUGUUUAUGAAACUUUUACUGGAAUAGAGAAACACAAAUUUAGAAAAUUAUUAUUACAUAAGCGUCAAGCGUGUAAGCUGGCAUUUCGAUUAUUGGUCAGUAGACAGAGUCCCGAGGGUAUUAGAUUUAAACAAUUCCAAGGAUUAAUGCGAUAUUAUUCACCAAAAACAAGUCAAAGAGAUGUUCUUUUAAUAUUUCGACAACUUAAUGUAUCAAACACUGGAUUACUGUCACAGGAGGAGUUUCUGAAUAUAUAUGAUUCAGUUAUGUUAAGAUGGCGAUUGAAGGAUCCUCCAGAUCCUUGGUUUUCUGCAGCUUGGCCACCCCUACGUACCUUAUGCAGGGCAGCUAGAAAAGCUGUCUCUUGGGAGUAUUUUGAAUAUGUCAUAUAUGCGUUAAUAGUGGGAAAUCUUAUGGCAAUGUUUAUAAGAAUAAUGGAAGCUUCAGAUAAUUUGGAACAAGGAGCUAGAAACUUCUGCGCUUCCUGGGAUUCGUGGCUUUUUUAUACAUUAUUUUUAUUAGAAGCUAUAUUAAGGAUUAUAAGUUUUGGAUUGAACGAAUACAUUUCAUCUGGAUGGAAUACUUUUGAUUUGUCAGUAACUCUACUAGCUAUUUGGGGAGCUGUGUUAUUACUAAUGUCUCCUAAAUUUACCGUUGUCGUAAUUCUUAGACCGCUGAGGAUCCUUCGUUUAUUUAAGAUUAAAAAACGAUAUAGAGAUAUUUUUGGUACACUAGUACUAUUAUCACCGCUUAUGUGGUCUACCGCUAUAGUUAUGAUGGUUAUGUACUACUUCUUUGCAAUCCUUGGAAUGGAAUUGUUUUCUGAAUUUAACCUGAGAAACUGUUGCGAAAAUUCAACUGUAGAAGAUUUUUACAAAUACAGUUCAAACUCCAGUACGUCGGGUAUAGGAUACUACUAUCUCAAUAAUUUCUCCAACCUUGUUAUAUCAGGAGUAACACUAUUUGAAUUAACUGUUGUAAAUAAUUGGUUUAUAAUUAUGGAUGCCUAUGCCACUUUUGCUGCCUCUUAUUCAAGAUUAUUCUUUAUGACAUUUUAUCUAUUUACAAUGGUUGUUUUAACUAUUGUCGUUGCAUCAGUGUUAGAAGCUUUUAGAUUCAGAAUACAGUACAAGAAGCAGACAUCUAAACGAGACGAGGAACUCAUGCUUCAUGAAGAAGUCAUUGUCGAUUGGAACUCUAUAGAGAGACUAAUUUCAGAUCCUAAAUUAUUAGAAUCUCUACAAAUGGACUUUGCUGUUGGGGGUGUUACAUGUUACAUUGGACGACGAGCUCGUACUAGAGAUGUUCUGCAACGUCACAUGUACAUAUCAGAAAUAAGACAGUGGUUAGACGAGGCGGAAAACGAAGAACGUCAAGAUAUUAAUCAUAUAAUUGAGGAGUCACAAAUAAAUGCUAGGUUAAUAAAUGCUUAGAGCAUUACUAUGAAUACUUACUAAUAAAAUAGGAUCGUUUAGUGAUAUACGGAUAUUUCAUCAACAUUUCUCUGAAAUGCUGCUUCUUCACAUAUGACACCAGCCUUAGAUAUAUCGAAGUAAACUUUUUAGAAAAAUGCUGUAUACAUUAAUAGAAAAUAUAAAGUAGGAAUUUAGGGACCUAAUGUAUCAUUAAUACCUAUUAAUGGUGUUAAGUUAGUGAAGGCCAGUAUAGUAUUAAGUUGAUAUCGGCAUGUAUAACUGACCAAAGAAAAAUACCUUAAAUAUAUGGCAGAAUCAAGUCAAAUCUAAAGACAUUUCUAGACCGUAGUUAUAUUUUCUUUGUAGAAGCAUAUACCGGGUGCGUCCCAAAAGUGGCUCACCUCGAUAACUUUUUUAUUUUUUCAGAUGAAAUAACGAGAUUUGGUAGUUAGUAUA